ACCACUGUUUUUAAUUCAUAGAUUCGACAAACUCAAGUGAAAACAUCUACACAAUGAUGAACCCUAUCGGCCCUGGUGGAAACAGACCUAAUUUCCCUAUGGGGCCGGGUCCUGACGGGCCUAUGGGAGGAAUGGGUGCUAUGGAGCAGCAUCAUAUGAACGGAUCACUAGGCUCUGGUGACAUGGAUGGGUUGCCAAAGAAUUCUCCUAACAACAUGGCAGGCAUGAACAAUCCUCCCGGCACUCCGCGGGACGACGGCGAGAUGGCAGGCAACUUUUUAAACCCAUUCCAAAGUGAAAGUUAUUCACCCAACAUGACGAUGAGUGUGUGAUUUUUUAUUUUAUUUUAUCUUUUAUUUUAUUUUAUUUCCUUUUCAUCUCCCCUUACCCAAAUCUUCCCUUUCCAUCCACCCUGGUGCGUCUUGCAUUACCUUCCUCUCUCCCUUCCUACCUCCUUCUCCUCCUCCUGGUGGAUGGUGUGCCACACAGCCCCAUGGGAUGCACCUGGAAAGCAGGACUCCCCUCAAGGCCCCCCAUCCCAACGCCUGUAAAAUGGGUUUAAGAACAUGAAAAGGCCUCCAAGCAACAGGAAAGGUCUCUUCUCCGAUUCUUCUUCGCCUGCCGGGCCUCGACACGGGCCCUAGGACAGAAAGAGACUGAAUCUGCUCCGAGCCUGUCUCUCCCAAAACCUAAAAACCUGCCCUCAUGGGUGGCGAUCACACCCAAACACGAUGCCCCGCUGUACCACCACCACUCCAUUAUAUCUCGCUGAUCAUAACUUAUAAGGACACGCGGUUGAUGACUGACAGGGGCCGAAAACCCUCAUUCAAAAACUCCUGUGUCAGGAAUGAUUUAAAAAAAAAAAACAAGAAAAAAAACAUGAACUGAUAAUGUUAUUUUAGGGCAAGAAUGGUUUUCUUUUUAAAUGUUUGUAUUUUUUUGUUGUUGAUGGUAAUAUUAUUGUUAUAAUUUUCAUAAUUGAUAUUAUUCUACUAAUGUAGUUAUGAUUUCCUGUAAAGGGCACAUUUUAUCUCAGCAGCAGCAUCAACAAUGACAGAAUAAGCACACUCAUUUGAAAAAUGCACAAUGAUUUUUUGUUUACAUGAUUUAAGGCUAUUUGAUGUUUGUCUUGUUUUUGUUGUUACAGUCUAUCUCACAUCACAUACCUCUCCUUUAAACUAAACUGAACGUGUAGCUCGAGUCUUUGCCACUUUAAUGUUUGUUGCACCAUUUGCAUAAACAUUUAAAGUGAUCGGGAUAAUUGACUGUCUUCACCAAUUAAAGUAGUUUCUGAUGUAGUAUUUUGGCUAAAGAUAUCCAUACAGUUAAAACAGAGGCUUUCUCAGAGCACUGCUGUUUCCUGGUACAAAAUGUCUGCUGAUGCACCUGAAUGAUCAUCUAGCUAUCUUGUCUUAAUACGCCCCCCUUCUCACAGUUUUUACUACAUGGGAAAAGCUCUGAGGUGCCAGUUCUCAUUCAGUAUCCAACAGAGCAAGAGAGCAUCUCUUCUAUGGAUUUGUCUGUAAAUACAACAUAUUUAGCGUGUAUGGUGGUUGUUUUAUUUGUUAUUUACAAGUUGUCUGUGAAUCCUAAAACGUGUUUCCUUCCCCUCCAUCACUUUGUUUGAUUUCAACCUCACUGUGGACUCCCAAGUGGCACUGUUUUCCUCCCAGGGUUCAUUCUGGUCUCCAGGCAAUGCCCCCUUUUCUUCAGACUUGGAGAUAAAUGUAGGACUUCAGAUACACUUGUGAGGCCGCCUGCUUUCUUGCUUGGAUUUUAGGGUGAACCCACAGAUCCUGUAUGAUACACUUUUUUAACCCAGACAAGACAGGCUAAAACAGACUCCUUGGAGCUCCCAUCGAUCAGAUCCUCUCAACGACUCCCAUAUGUUCGGGAAAGUGGAUCCAGAGUAGCGUCGAUGAAGGGAGCAGAGUGAUGCACCUCGGGGUAAACAGACUGCCACAUCGGUCUGAGGAAGAGGAAACAACAAUGGGACGCUUUUGUAAAGGAUAUUUCUGUUUAGUUUUUUCAGCAGAUUGUUUUUAUUUUUAAUGUAUUCAACUGAGAAAAAAUGAAAGCCCGUAGAAUCUGCACACAAAGAAAAUCAUAGUUACAUAUUACGCUAUUUAAUUUCUUUCUGUAUGUUAUGUUUUCUUGGCCUGAUCUACUCUCCGUUUCAAAGGGUUACGUUAUCUCUCGUGGCAUCACACUGCAGCACUUAAUGGCAUUGCUGUGUUCAAAUCAACAAUAACUAAAACAACCAUUGUAGCCUCUAUGGGUGAUGGUGACGUACUUGUCAAUUUUCUGAUAUCAAUGUGAACAGAUUGUACCCAGAGUUCAACAAUGACAUCUCCAGGAUUUGGCUAUUGGUGGCCUGGGACACACUCUCCAGUGUUCCUUCAAUGUAGCCACACACACACACCUCCCCGUCUUUCCUCCAAUCCCUCGCCUCGUCCCUACCAAACGUCUCCCCUCCCUUCUCUUUUUAAUUUCCUUUUUUGUAAAUACUGUAUAAUGCAUUUUGAUAUCAUUGACAUGUUUUGAUAUGUCAGUCACUACCAAUGAAUACAGUUGAAAGUAAAUUAUAAAUAAAACUGUCCAUGUUUUUUCAUAGAGAAAGGAUGACUAUUUGACACGUGGCUACAUUUCCAUUAAAAUGUAUAGAAUACAGUCGACACAAUAAAUGCAGACUGUAUGCUAAAGACUCGUAGGUGGGGAGGACAGGACAGACAGAAGCAAACUGUAGCGUCCUCACUCUGCCCUCGUCUCCUUGUGCUUCAGUUUUACUAUUGGCCUUGUUCAUCAUUUUUUUCAAAGGGCAUCUUCUCCCAAAAAAAAAACAUGUGACCUCUUACUGCAGUUUUUAAUAUGAAGGAUUUUUAUCAAUUUAAGAGAACUUUUAAAAAGGUAAAAGUACUUAAGAGAACCUCAUUUUAAAUUAAGAAUAGAUCAAAAAGAAACUGUGUCCUUUGCUAUUCCUGUUAUAGCGUUGUAUAGAUAGAAGCUCUCUCACUGAUCCUCUCUCAGUCCUCUGUGUAUAUCGAUCGUUGGCCAUCUCUGUACUUCUAUUGUGAUGUAUAAUACUGUACCAUUAGGAAGAUUUGCUGGUCGGGUGCGGGUGGUUAUGUUGAGUUGGGGAGGGGUGGGGGUUCAAGGGAAUGGGAUAUAAAUGAUUCUCCUGUACCAUUCAUGGUCCUUUCUGAUGACAUGGCAGUAUUCAAUAUGAAGCAGUCUGUCUCUUGGGUUUGCUUUGUAUUUUCAUGGUAGGAUAGUUCAGAAAUCUUGUCUUAGGGACUUAGGUGUCUUGUGUAGGUAAUAAAGAUGUUCUUUGUAUGUUUCUUUAUAUUGUAAAGUUUCUUUAGACUGAAAGAAAACAGAUGAUUUGCUUAUCAAAAAAGAAACAAUGCAUCAAUAAUAAAUGUAAUUUGAUUUUU